ACAGGGCCAGACGAAAAAGUAAUAUACAAAGGAGAAAGAGAAUCAAAUGGAAAAUAUACAUUUUCAGCACAUAUGGAUGGUGUGUAUUCUUAUUGCUUUAGCAAUGCAAUGUCAACUAUGACCCCAAAAGUUAUUAUGUUUUCGAUGGAAAUUGGAGAUCCACCAAAAGCUACUCAGGAUAAAGAAUCGGAAGCAACUCAUAAUAAGCUGGAAGAAAUGAUCAAAGAGUUAUCUACUUCCUUAACAUCUGUAAAGCACGAACAGGAAUAUAUGGCAGUUAGAGAUAGGAUUCACAGAGAAAGUAAAUCUUAA